AUGGUGGAUUGGCUUGUGUAUUCUUAUCCCUCCUGGGAGUACCCUUUCGGAUUGCACCUGUGGCCCAUUUUCGACAAGGUGUACGCUAAGAUUGCGGGAUUCCCAGCCUCUGAGUUUGAGUUCGUCCAGGGUGAAACUUUUAUGGGAAACUUCCAGUCAUGUGCUCUGGUGAUCGUUUUAUACUACGUGAUCGUCUUUGGUGGUCAGGCUAUUAUCCAGAAGUUUGAUCUUCCUCCUAGAAAGCUGAGCGUGUUGUUCCACAUCCACAACCUGCUGCUCACGUUUGGCUCUUUGACACUUCUGCUCGUGAUGGUAGAGCAACUGAUCCCAAUGGUUCACGAGCACGGAAUCUUCUGGUCCAUCUGCUCCAAGGGUGCUUUCACCCAGAAGCUGGUGGCCGUGUACUAUCUCAACUUCUUGACCAAGUUCUACGAGCUCAACGAUACCGUGUUCCUCAUUCUCAAGCGCAAGAAGCUGCUCUUCCUGCACACCUAUCACCAUGGUGCUACUGCAUUGCUAUGUUACACCCAACUUGUGGGCCACACCUCUGUUGAAUGGGUCCCUAUUUCCCUCAACCUGGCAGUCCACGUCGUGAUGUACUGGUACUACUUCCAGACCUCUAGAGGAAUCAAGAUCUGGUGGAAGGAAUGGGUCACUCGUUUCCAGAUCAUCCAGUUUGUCCUAGACCUUUUCUUCGUGUACUGGGCCACCUUCAUCUUCUACAGCGACAAGUGGUUCCCCAACCUCUUCCACUCGAAAGGAAGCUGCUAUGGUAAGGAAGAGGCCGCUGCAUACGGCUACCUGAUCCUGACCUCCUAUCUGGUGCUCUUUAUCUCUUUCUACAUCAAAGUGUACAAAUCCGGUGCCAACAAGAAGGCUGCGAAGAAGGCUGCUGACAAAAUCAAGGCAGAGGGUAUUUCCUCGGCUGUUCCAUCGGGAUCUCCAAUCACUUCUAGAACGAGAACUAGAAAGGCAUAA